CGAAAGGUUAACAAACGACUCUCUCUCCCCACGUCUACAGAAACCCUCUUCUUCAUUUGGCCUCACAUGCAAACACACAUAUAUAUCCAUAUAAAUGAAGACACAAAAAUAGUUCAUUACAAGACAACCCUAACAAAGUUGUGUUGUGGACUUAGUCUCUCAUCUUCACCGAGAGAGAAAGAGAUAGAGAGAUCAACAAAUUCUCCAAUCUUCUUGGCCUAUAUUUUUUUUUGAUAUACUUGGCGGUCCUAGGCCGUGCAUUAUAGACAUAUAAUUAUAAGCCCCGCAGACACGAUAUGGGGUUAAUGGAUGCAAGAUGGGAAACCGUAGUUCCAUUUAUAGCUAUGGCGUCGAUGGAGGCAUGUACCAUUGCACUCACCAUCUUGGCCAAGACCGCAUUGACCGGUGGCAUGAGCCCUUUCGUGUUCAUUGUCUACACCAAUGCUCUUGGCUCUCUCCUUCUCAUCCCUUACUCUUUCUUCUUCCAUAGAGAUGAAAGUGACGAUGAACCGUUCCUCACGAAGCCUUCCCUUGUUCGUAUACUCCUACUCGGUUUUACAGGGGUGUUUAUGUUCCAAAACUUGGCAUUUUUGGGGCUAAGUUAUAGCUCUCCAAUUGUGGUAUGUGCCAUGGGCUUGCAGUCACCUGCUUUCUCCUUCUUGCUAUCUCUUGCUCUUGGGCAAGGAGGGUUAGGAUGGGAAUGUAGAAGAACAAAAGCAAGAGUGAUAGGCACGUUGAUAUGCUUCACAGGAGCCUUUGUAGAAAUUAUUUACUUGGGCCCUUUUAUUAGACCUUCUCCUUCUUCAUCCCCAAACUCCAAUUUCCUCACUACUAUCUCACACUACUUGACUUUCUUUAAGAACUCCGAUAACUGGGCUUUCGGCUCUCUUCUCCUCGCAUGCGCCACGCUCUCUAUCUCCAUCUGGAAUAUCAUACAGCUGGAUACAGUGCAAAAAUAUCCUCAGGUGAUGAAAGUUGUGUCUGCCUAUAGCUUGGCUGGUACACUCCAAUGUGCAAUCUUCUCGGCAUUCAUGGAGCCAGACAUAAGUGCAUGGAAACUCGAACUUAACAUGGAUCUAUAUCUUAUUAUCGCCACGGGAAUAUUUGGGAGCAUAAUAAGAACAAGCGUUCAAGUGAAGUGUUCAAAAAUGAAGGGGCCUUAUUAUGUGCCAUUAUUUAAGCCAUUUGGGAUCCUUUGGGCUUCCAUUUUCGGCACAAGCUUCUUUGUCAAUAGUCUUCACUAUGGAAGUGUGUUAGGAGCAGCAAUAGCAGGAACUGGAUAUCUAUUGAUAAUGUGGAGUCAAGUUCAAAGAGACGAUCAAAAGGAAACGAUGGAGGAAAACAAAAUUCAUCAAUUGGAUUCAGAUGAUCAGACAACUCCACUUUUGCUGGGAAAUGGUGAUGUUGAUCAAGUUUAAUCCAAAAGGAUUGUUUGCAAAUUAGUUUUAGUUGUGUUAUAUAAAAGAUGAAGGGUACGUAAAUCGAACCCUCGAAGGAAUUAAACCCAAAAACAAAAAGAUUUAGAGUGUGAAAGAAAACAAAUAUAUAUCCAAGUCUUGUAACUCUUUUUUUCUGCGAGUAAUGUAUCAAAGUCUAUUGAUUUUAAGGGGAACAUGAGUUAUACUUAUACUUCUUCUUCUUUGGCAAUCUUA